UUCUGGGCUCAUUUCACUCCGCGUUGCGGAUCAUAGACAAGACUGGGCGUGUGAGCGAUAGCUAGGCCUACAGACAUCCAAUCUAGUUUCUGCCAGAUUGCUUUCACCUAUUCAGUCUGAUCAAAUCGGUGAAAGGGAGUGAGCGAGGGCGCAAGGGAGGAAGCAACGCUUUUUGAAACAAAUACAGCUAGUGUGCUGCAGAAAACACCCAAACUUCUGAGCUGUAAACAUCGCAAACAUUCAUUCAUCGUACGAUAGAAUGCUGGCGAAAGAUGGAAGUCCCGGUAUUUCGAUGUUUUCCUUGACGACGAGGUGCUGAAGGCAUAGUGGUAUGAGUAAUGGCAUGGCCCAGAGUCCCAUGCCUUCUGCUGAUCCUGCUGCUCCUACUACAAACCUGCUUACCUCAACCAGGCCCUCCAUCUCCUCCCUCCGUUCCCCAGUGUCACAUCCCCUAUACGGAGGGUCAACAGGCAGGUAUCCACUGUUUCUGGGAGCCAGGACAGGACCCACAGAUCCCCACCUCCUACAGACUGCGCUGGAACUCUACGGAGGGCGGUAGCGGCUUCGUGGAGUGCACCAAUGUGAGUGGCGUGAUCCCUCGUGACCUUUACUCCAGUUACAGUUACAUGACUGUGUUGGUCAGAGCUGAGAACCAGCAUGGCUCUGCCAAGUCUAAAACGGCUGAAUUCAACACUGGUGAUAUCAAAAAGCCACCCACCCCUGAAAUCACUCACCAUUGUCCUCAGCCUCUGGAUAUCUACUGGACAUUGCAGUGUAAUGAUCUAGGCAGCUCUGACCAACACUGUGAUUGUCCUCAGCCUCUGGAGAUCUACUGGACAUUGCAGUGUAAUGAUCUAGGCAGCUCUGACCAACACUGUGAGGUCCAGUAUCGCACCCAGGACCAGCAGGGCUGGACUCAGGAACACGAGUUUGGCCGGUCUUUGUUUGAAGAUCAUGCGGAAGACCAGCUCCUAAGCAACUUCCUGCUCCUGACUCCACGGCCCUACACUGUGUAUGAGUUCCAGGUGCGCUGUGCCUGUGAUGGCCCUGAGGCCCUGAUGAGUGACUGGAGCUCAGUCUACACAGCACAGAGUUCUGAGUCAGCGCCUGUGAAAGCAUUGGAUGUGUGGAGUGACUGUGGAGUCACCUCUGAGCUUUCUCAAUGUGCCCUUAUGUGGAAGGAGAUGCCCACCUGGUUGGUUCAGGGGAAGGUGCUGGGGUACGUGGUGACAUUAUCACACAGUAACGGGACAGUGGAGGUUGUGAACAUGUCCACGUCAGAGCCUGGUGGCCUGUUUGUCUGUCAAGAGAAGAGAUGCCGCUUCACUCCCUCUCUGCAGGGUGUAUCAGGGGUGGAUGUGUCAGUCUACAAUUCCCAGGGUGCCACCAAACCUGCUCCCCUAGCUCUACCCACAUUAGGUCUACAGGUGCCAGAGCUAUCCUUCACUGUGAACCUGGAUAUAUUGAGCCUCAAUGUAUCCUGGUCUCUGCCACCCCAGCCCAUUGAAAACAUGCAGGAGUAUGUGGUACAGUACAAGCAGGUGGGACAUCCUCCGACACAGGGCUUUGAUUGGAUAAAAGUGCACCAAAAAAAUACAUCAAUCAUUUUAAGAGGUGACUUUGAGAAACACACUGCUUACAAUGUGUCAUUGUUUGCGGUGUUCAUCAACAGUAGCUGCCUGCUUGGAUCUACAAUUGGGUAUUCACUUCAUGGACUCCCACCCAAAGUGCCUGAGUUCAAUGUCCAGCAAAUCGCUGACUCUAAUGUGACUUUGUCCUGGCAACACAUCUCCCUGACCCAGAGGAAGGGGCUCAUACUGCUCUAUCAGCUGGUACUAAACAACUUUACAGUGUACAACGUGAGUGCGGACCAGAGCAGCUUCCAUCUGUUAGGACUUACACCGGGUCACCACCAGGUCUGGAUCAGGGCUGGGACUAAGGCUGGACUGGGACCCAGUGAAACCAUCAGCUUCUCCACCAAGAACAGCCAUGGAUACCUCAGAUAUCUGCUGCCAUUAAUAUUAAUAUUAAUAAUGUUGCCAUUGGUCAUCAUCUUAAGUAUACAAAUGAAGACUUGCUUCUUGGUUCCUGAGUGGUGUUGUGAGAAAGGGCCUGACCCCAGCAACAGCAAUCUGUUCCAACAGAUGAAAUUGCAGUUUAACAGCUCCUUGACGGCGAUAUGCUCUCCUCUGGAGUCUAACCCAAAGAUCUCUGAGCUGGAGGUGGUGGAAAACCCUUUCUGGGAUGCCAAGGCCUGUCCUAGGAAAAGGUCCAGCCCUGAUGGACAGACAGAGGGGAUGUUGGGAGAGGAAAGCACCCACACAAGGACUGACACAGAGUCCGGGAGCUUGUCGGAGGACGAUCCGUUUGUUUCGGACUAUGAGAAGCAUUUCAUGCCUAUGGAUGUAUGACCCUACUGUCUGUCUGGUGUGGUGCUAACCAUCAUCUCUUUUGGUGUGUGUAUAAUCUCUUCAUACCAACGACAAGACAGGACAGCCAUUGUUCAGUCGGAACCCCAAGGGCCAAACAGGUCAAUUGUGGGCUAUUGUGCUUGUUGAUCUAGAUGCAGAUCGCUGAUUCAUGGGAAAGGGUUGCCCUAAAAACAACACGAGUGCACAAGUCGAAGUACGCCACUUGUCUUGUUGUUUUCAAGGAAAGGAAAAGGGAUGUUGUCGACCGUUUGUUUUCCGUGCUCCGACUACAAGGAAUGUUGUUUGGGAACAGUAAACAUUUUUUACAGCAAAUGUAGACCUGUGUGAAAAACCACGUUGCCUACGGUGUACACACUGUCUACAGUGUUAAUUUUGAACUACAACUGCCAAUCAUGUCUGCUCUUUAGGUCAGAUGAAAUGCUAUUUCAGGAUGUUUCUGGAAGCUUGGAUCUCGAUAAAGGUUGAGUUGCCUGAAAUCCUCUGUUUUUAUGUUUGACUUUUUUUUAUAAAACAAUGUUUUUGAAAGUUA